AUGACCAGUUACAGAUAUCUAUCUAUCUAUCUAUCUAUCUAUCUAUCUAUCUAUCUAUCUAUAUAUAUAUGCGAGCGUGUGCGCGCAUUUACAUUUCUGCUUUUUAACAUGAACUGUUCAUACAUAUCUAUCUAUCUAUCUAUUUAUCUAUCUAUCUCACUAUCUAUCAAUCUAUCUGUCUCACUCUGUUCCUAUUCAUCUCACUCUGUUCCUAUCUAUCUAUCUAUCUAUCUAUCUAUCUAUCUAUCUAUCUAUCUACCUCUGUUCUUAUCUAUCUGUCUGUCUGUCUGUUUAUCUAUCUAUCUAUCUAUCUAUCUAUCUAUCUAUCUAUCUAUCUAUCUAUCUGUCUAUCUAUCUAUGUUCCCAUCUGUCUGUCUGUCUGUCUGUCAAUCUAUCUAUCUAUCUAUCUAUCUAUCUAUCUAUCUAUCUAUCUCUGUUCCUAUGGAUCUCACUCUGUUCCUAUCUAUCUAUCUAUCUAUCUAUCUAUCUAUCUAUCUCACUCUGUUUAUAUCGAUCUCACUCUGUUCUGAUCUAUCUAUCUAUCUCACUCUGUUCCUAUCGAUACGAUCUGUUCCGUUCUAUCUAUCUAUCUAUCUAUCUAUCUAUCUAUCUAUCUCCUUCUGUUCAGUUGUAUCUAUCUAUCUAUUGAUCUCAACUAUUCCUAUCUAUCGAUCCCACUCUGUUCUUAUCUAUCUAUCUAUCUAUCUAUCUAUCUAUCUAUCUAUCUCUUUCAUGUCACUAUCAUUACAGUAUAUAUUUUCUUUGUAUCUUCUCGAAUCUACCACUUCCUCUACAUCUAUCUAUCUAUCUAUCUAUCUAUCUAUCUAUCUAUUAAAUUCUACUAAUUCUCUUUCCCUUCUUCUUUAUUUUAUUCUUUUUUUCAAAAAGACAGUGAAGUCACGUUACAGCGGCGGGAAAAUAUUAUCUAUCUAUCUAUCUAUCUAUCUCAAUUUUUAUUGCUGGGAAUAUUUUUUAUCUAUCUAUCUAUCUAUCUAUCUAUCUCAGAAAGACAGAGUGAGGCCACGUUACAGCGGCGAGAAAGUAUUAUCUAUCUAUCUAUCUAUCUAUCUAUAA